UAGUGUGCCAUAGAGAGAGAAAGUAAAACCAGCCAGCAAGAGAGAGAAAAAGAGAAGUAAACACCUCUUUUAAAGUUGAGCUAUUUCUUCAAGUUUCAACUACCCUUCUGCUACUACAUACUAAACCAGUGUUCUUGAACAAACAGCACAGCAGUGCUGUUAGAUCUUGCUCUUAAAGUGAAUGAAAUUAAUAGUUUUUUUUCUUCUUUGAUCUAUUCAAGAUUCAGAUUUGAGGCUUUGGGGCAUCUGAUCUCAUCAUCCAAUUCGGGUUUCGAUCGAAUUCGAGUCAAUGGAACAACAACAAGGGGAUCAAGAAAUGUUGCAGCAGAAGCACUUCUGCAAGCUCUGCAGCAGGAGUUUCCCCUGCGGUAGAUCCCUGGGGGGGCACAUGAGGUCUCACUUGAUCGGGAAUUCAUCGGAAAACGCCGAGAGGAGCAGGAACUCGGGCUCGGGGAUCGACACUAGCUAUGUCCUGAGGGAGAAUCCCAGGAAGACCUGCAAGUUUUCUGCAGAGUUUAAUGGUGGUGGUGGGGAAGAUGCUUUGCUUCAGAGCCUUGAUAAGGUGUGCAAGGAAUGUGGGAAAGGUUUUCAAUCUUGGAAAGCUUUGUUCGGGCACAUGAAGUGCCAUUCGGAGAAAAUAAUGAUGAUCUCGACGAACAACAACAAAAGAAGCAAGAUGGAGGAAGCUGCUGAUUCUUGGAAUGUUGUUGCAGAUAAUAAUAAUAAUAGCCAUUCUGAUGACAAUAAUGCUCCAAACCGAAAGAAGAGAUCGAGGAGAGCUUCAGCUAAUACCAAAAGGUACCAGGUUGUUAAUGCUGCUACAACUAAUUCCUCUACCUUAACUGCUGCUAAUAGUGCUUCCCCCUGUGUUUCUGAGAAUGAACAUGAAGAGGUUGCCAUGAGUUUGAUCAUGCUUUCUAGGGAUGUGGGUAGUUGGGGUGGUUUAGCUUCUGUAACUGAGUGCUCUGAUAACAAUUCUGAGUUUCUGGGAAUUCGAUCUUCGGGUAAUUCUGAGAUUAAGGCCAAGAAAGUGAAAGCUGAUGAGAAACUGAAGAAACCAAAGUCCAGAGGCUCUGGGAUUCCUAUAAGUGGAGGCAAUAAGAUGAAGGUGUCUGAAGCUGACAGAGCAGGAUUCGAGAAAUCCGAGGUUGAUGUUCCUAGUAAUGCUCAAAAUGAGGUCUGGUUUAGCUCCCUUGACUCUGAGAAGAAGAUCAGAUUUGAGUGUUCUACUUGCAACAAGAGUUUCCACUCUUACCAAGCUCUUGGUGGCCACAGAGCUAGCCACAAGAAGGCGAAAGACGGGUCUGACAAGAACACUGACCAUUAUUCUGGAGCUCAAAACCAGACAACUGCAGACAGCAGUGAACACAGCAUCCUAGGAUUUGCAGACAAGGUUGAGAGUUCAUCAAAGAAGAUUAAGGUGGCUCAUCAUGAGUGCCCAAUUUGUUUCAAGAUUUUCCCAUCAGGCCAAGCAUUGGGAGGCCACAAGAGAUCCCAUUUGAUUGCUGAGGCUAAAGCCAAUCAACAGCCCACUCAAAUAAUGCAGAAACCUUCAGUCCCAGAAACCAGAGAUUUUCUUGAUCUCAAUUUGCCUGCUCCAAUUGAAGAAGAAGAAGAAGAAGAUAAAGAAAGCCAUCAGAGCUCUGGGUUCCAAGCAUGGUGGAUGGUGGGGAGCAGCUAUAACCAUGAUCAUCUUAUGCAGCCUACUUUCUGAGUUAUCAUCAUCCUCAUUCAUCUGCUAUUAUAAAGGUUCACAGAAGUGUACAGAUUCAUUCUUUCUGCUUCAAAGCAGUGACAAUUCCAUUUGCCAAAGGGGAACUCUAUCCUACAAGGACACUGGGCACCCAUUAAAGAGAAAUUAAGCCACCCCCUUUGGAGCACUCUUCACAGUGAAAAUUUUCCCACAUUCCAAUUCCCAGAAGAUGUGUAAUUUUCUUGCUUUUCUUUCCCAAUUUUUUUGCUGUAAUUUAGGCACACUUGAAAGCUUCAGCUUGAGCUUCAACUUUCUUUUUACUAUACUGUUGUAUGGUGUAAUUGUUUUAUCUUGGCAGUAAAGGGAAAUGAUGAGGUGUUGAAGAUGGACAGUGAGUGAAGUCAGAAAGAUCAGAUAUGAAGUCCUUUUUUUUUUGGGAGGUUUUAUAAUAUUGUAAAAAAGAGAUUGCCAGUGAGCUCAAAGGUGGUUGUUUAGUCACCUACCAUAAAAACAUGACAACACA